AUUUUCGAAAAUGAAUACGAAAAAAUCUGAAUUUUCGACAAUGAAGAAGAGUUUAGACAACAAACCUCGACGAUUUGCACCUCAAAUUAGAGCUCCGAGUCAGAUAGAAGAUCCUAAAAUAAUAGCAGAUAUUACUUCUAAAUAUGAUGAAUUCAGUAACAAGUAAUGAUUCCCAAUCAGAGGAAGUGAUGCUUGAAAGCAAUGAUUCUCAAUCUCACUACAGUAAAAAUUUAGGCCAAAAAUAUGCGAAGUGGGGGAAUUAUGCCACAAAUUUUAUUCAAGAUAGUGACCACUUCGAGAAUCAAGAUAGAAUAGAGAAUCCUAAAUCAAGAGCAACCAUUGAUUUACCAAAAGGCUAUUCAGAAAUUAAGACCAUGAUUGGUCCCACUCAAAAUAAAGAAACUAAUCAUAAUAAUUACAAAACCAUAAACAACAAGGAAAACUUUGGAGGGGAUAUGGAUGACAUUGAAGAUAUGAGUGAAUUUGUCGAUGAAAACUCCAGAUUUGUGUAUACUUCUGAUGAAAAUUCCCCUCAAAAAGAGCAAGAUCAGGAUGAAGAUUGUGCCCCAAAUCCAGACUCCGAGAACCUAAAACAUGAUACUAUUCAAUUCGAAGAUAAAGAACCUGAACAUAAGAGUAUUGAUCCCUUUACUAUCAACUUAACUAAUAAAGAUGCUGAGGGUAAUAAUAAUUCUGAAGAACCACAAGAGUCAUUCCAGGUAUACACAGUUCAGGAUUCUACCCGCCAAUAUGUUCAGCAAAAUACAAUAAAGACAGAGGAAAAUAAAAAUACUCCAAGGAAAGAGCCAACUGAGAAUACCUCAAAGCAUAGCCGAUAUUCAAAAUACCAGAUUCCAGUGAGAAAGACUGACUUAGAGUCUGUGGCUAAUAGCGAUAUUGUCAAUUAUGAGAGUAAUGAUGAUGUAGUAAGCCUCACAGGAGAUAAGAAAGUCAGAAAAUACAAUGCUUUCUCGAAUCAAAGUAGUGCCACUAAUAAGAGCAAUACAGCCAAAGCUAAUGCUAAGGGAUUUCCUGCCUUUAACAGGCCUUCAAUAAAUACUGAAUUUUUGAAUGCUCAUAAAAUUGUUGGAGAAACUCCCAUUCAGCAAGCAAAUAUUAAGGAUGAAUUUGAAAUUCAUAACAAUGAAUAUUACGGUAACAAGAGAGAUAGUGAUAUUGUCAGGAUGGAGACAAGUUCGCUUUACACAUCCUUAGCUACUGAUCAAGUAAAACCUAAAGCUUACAAUGAAGAGGGAUCCAAAAGUUCUACUUUAGAAUAUCAAGAAAAGAAUGCCAAUCCGAAUGGUCCAAAGGCUGAAAUAGUCCUUGAUGCCAACCUUCAAAUUUUUUAUGGAAUGAAAGGAGAAAAUAAUUCUUCGAAUACUACACCUAUGAGUGAUGCUAAUGCCAACCAAGAACUUAUAAUGACUCAGCCUCCUCUGAACAGGAUUAGUGAAGAAGUAGUUGAAUCUAAAGAAUCUGUUAGUCCAAAGAAUACCAAACGAGAAACUUCAAUCAAAAGCAAUAAUCCAGAAUUUCUCAUCAAAGAUUCUUAUGAUGACUUAGUAGCGUUUGAAGAAACAGAAAAAAUCAAGACAAGAAAUCGAUCUCCUCUUGCAGAGAGGCCUAUCCUCAACAAGAAGGAAGAGGGAAGACCUAAGACAUACAGAGAAAAUAAAAAGUCUUCUAAAAGCAAGAAAAAGAAAGAAAAAUUAGAAAAGCUCAAACAAUUGCAAGAAUUAGAGAAAAUACUCAAACAAAAAGAACAGCAGAGUAAGAGAAGCUGGGCUGUCAGAAUUAUACAAAAAAUUAUCAAAGGUCAUUUAAGUAGAAGGAGAGUCAAAGCAAUGAAGCAUGAUAAGAUGGUGCUUCAAGUAUUGAGGAGAAUUUUAUCCCAAGCGACGACCCAAAAGCAAAGCAAAUUUAUCAAGAAUAUUAUUUUCAUACUUACCAAAGCUUCUCAAGCAAAACUUAAAAGAAUCAAAGAAAAUCAUCAGCAUGAAAAGAGGCAUAAAACUUUUAACAAAGUUAGAGCAAAGAACUUCGUAUCAAUCAACGAAGCUAGAAAUCAACAAUAUGAGAGAAAUUAUAAGACUCCUUCUAAAACGCAGUUUUGCAUGCCUAACUUUUACAUUGCAAGCAAAAUAGUUGGUUUUGUCAGAGGCUGGAAGAUCAGAAAGAUAAUGAAAUCUAAGGAAAUUGUUGAUAUUAUCAGCAGAUUCAAUGCAGUUUCGAUAUCUAUAAAAAUGUCCCAGUUCAAUCCAAACACUCAAAAUUUUCUGAGAAGUUAUAUGACGGAGAGAUUUCAGAUUGUAGACUACUUGAUAAGCAGUAUUAGGAGACUUUAUAAUACUGGAGAAUGGGUUAGAUCAUAUAACCCAAUAGUAAGAGAGACUGUGACUGAGAAAAAGAGAUAUAACCCUAAUGUAGUUGUAAAUUUAUCUAUGCCGAAAAAUAUGAGAAAAGAUCUGAUCCAAUCUACUUCGACCAUUACUCCUCCUAUUAUGCAUCUAAAUUCUAUUAAUAGCCAUAUGGGUAUUCCAGGAGUAUUCCAAACUCCAAGCAAAAAUGAUAUUAGGGGAAUGAAUUUGGAUAACUCUCAGUAUCAGUCUCCAAAGCUUGGGAUGAGGUCCCCUCCAAACCAAAAUAUGAACUUUAAUCCAAUAAGUUAUGAUCAGCCGAGUAUGGAAAGACAUGGUAUGAAUGAACGAUAUCGUAAGAGUCCUCAAGAUGUUUCAACAAAUUUAAACCAUGGAAACCACGAAGAAGUAAGAGAGACAAAUGAAUUCCCCCCUCAAGCUCAAGCUUCUGUAACAACCUUCACUCCGGUAAAGGUCGAGGAUAUUCCAAUCAAGCCAAGACCUCAGGAAAUUUCACAUAACAGCCCUUCUCCAGAACAAUUCGACCAAGUUGCCAACUCCACUCAUGCAAGCAUUGAAAUCCCCAAAUACGACUUCGAACAAAUCCUCGCCAAAGCCCUCGAAGAACAAGGAGAGCAUGUCGUGGAAGAACCCAAACAAGAGCCCAAACAAAACCAUAACGACAAAUAAGUUCUUAAAGAGAAAGAAGGUCUACGACCCCAGAGAGGCAAUCAAAUAAAGCCAGAAAGUCCAAACCCAAAAAGUCAAAAUCCACCAAGAGACACAAGUCUGCGUUUCCACCAGGGCUCCUCGCAGCCAGAGACGAAGCAGACAGCAACAAAGACAUAGACCCGACACCAGUCAAAUCGCAGCGAUCAAAGUCAAAGCCAAAGAGGAGUCCUGCUCAGCCCAAAAUACAGACCGAAGGCUCAGAGUCUCCAAGAGACGACCAAGAUGCAGCUGAAGAGGAUGAAGUUCCGCUUGACGAAGGCCAGCUCCAAGAUGAACAAAACAAAAAGCCCAUCAAGCCCAAGCCAUUUCUCAAACGCAAGCCAAGGAAAAUCAAGUUCCAAAAACUCAACUGGGGCAAAGUCAAAAGCAGGACCAACUGCUGGGGUGGCAAGAAAUCUGCUCGCAGUGAGCACAGAGACAAGUCAGUUCCAAAGACUAACAAGCCUAACAAAGGCAAAGCAAGUAUAAAGAAAGCUGCUGACAAGCCAAAGCCGAAGCCUAAGACAUUCAACAAUGUGAAGUCAAGGAUCGAUACUGGGAUCAGAAAACCACACAAGGAGCCUGACUUCAUGAACAACAGUGACAGCUUCGAGUAUCCCAAUCAGUACAACCUCGGAGGGUACGCAGAUGAAAGCAGCGGCGGUCUGUUCGAUAAUAACAGAGUUAACAGAAACAACAGGAACCCAGGCCAGAACUUUCCGCUUGAAAUUGAAGUAAAGAAGUUCCAACUCGACGAGGCUCCCAGCAACCUCAGAGACAAGUCAAACUUGCUGUACGAAGUGUUCAGUUCGGAUGAUGGAAGCGCUAACGAUGACCCUGGCCAGUACCCUGUGCAUCAGAUGCAUCAACACAUGGCCGAGCAAGCAGAGAUCCACCCGAACAGCAUGGGACACACCGACAUCAGCAACAUUCAGCCAGCAGACACCCAGAUCGAGCGAACAAGCAUGGAGCCUCUGAGCAUCGACAAGCUCGAAGAACUGUACACCGAAAUCCAUCCUGACCUAAAGAGUCUGGAGCCGUGUUCGGAAGUAAAUCCAGUGUCGAUUCUGCCCCAGAUCACUCCGAACUCAGUGUUCCAUUCAAUAUUCCUGAACUGUUACGGAGAGGAGAUAUACGACAUUAUUCUGGAGGAGCUUCGGACCCAGUACGAGCACCUGUGAGAUUUUUAAAUGAGAAACAUCUUCAACCUAGUAUAUACUCGAAGGAGAAACAUGGAGAUAAUAGAUGCCAACUCGUUU